UGACAUCCCAGGCUCAAGAAGUGAAUAUUCUGGUAGAGAGAGAAAGAGAGAGAGACAGGAAGCCCCAGACUCAACGAGUGGCUCAUAGAAGCCCCUGUUGGCUGCUGCAGAGUCAGUGUCAAGGAAAGACUACAUCCUACAAGCCAACAUGAACCUCCAACUGGCAAACAUCUUCCUGCCUUUGAUCUUCCUCCUUUGUCUGCAUCUGGGAGCUGCAGAAAAUACUGCUGCUGUCAUUGUGGUGAAUCAGGCACCCCCUUCUAUCCGUGCAAUGGAAGGGUCAGAGUUCACCAUCGAGUGUACAUUCAACACAAACAAUAAUUCAAUCAAGUGGUAUGCUGAAUGGUAUAAAACCAGAAACAAUGUAACAGCAAAGGUGAACAAUGGAACAGAUCGAAUCAUAUCAGCAGAUACAGAAAAGAGGUCUCUUUCCCUCACUGUGAAGAAAGUCGAUGUCAUGGAUUCUGGAACCUACGUAUGUGGGGUUGGGAGCAAAUAUGGGACAUCUCCUGGGACUGGAACCCAAGUGACCAUCGAUGAAAUUACCGACCUGAUGGUGAAUCAAACCCCAACCAGUGUCAGUGAUGUCGAAGGCUCAGAACUUACCAUGAAUUGUACAUUCAAGACAGUCAAUAACCACAGCACCAUGUAUGUGCGAUGGUAUAACUAUGGGACUGAGGGACUAAAGAAAGAGCUGGUGAAUGAGAGCGAUGUGAUCACAACCCUGCAUUUGGACAAUGGGUUUGCCUCUCUCACUUUGAAGAACGCGAAUUCAUCUGAUACAGGAACCUACGUGUGUGAGGUGGGGAUCACAGCAAGGAACCUCUCUGGGAAUGGAACAGGAACCCAAGUGACCAUCGAGAAUUUUCCCGAGCUGAUGGUGAAUCAGACCCCACCCAAUAUUCCUGUGUCAGAAGGGUCAGAUCUCACCAUGGAGUGUAGAUUCACGGUAUGGAAUAAACACAAGACCUUGUAUGUUAAAUGGUAUAAACAUAGCGGAACUGGGGGAACGAAAAAGGAGCUGAUGAGCGAAAGAGGCGGGGGCCCAGCAGCUCUGGCUUUGGAAAAGGGUUUUGCUUCGUUCACUCUGAAGAACGUGAAUGUAACCGAUACAGGAACCUAUCUGUGUGAGGUGGGGAGCACAACGAGGAACUGGUCUGCGUCAGGAGCUGGAACCCAAGUGAUCAUCACUCCUGUUGACCUGCUGGUGAAUCAGAGCCCUGCCUGUGUCAAGGAAGAGGAAGGGAAAGUGCUGACUAUAGAAUGUAGAUUCAGGGCCCUGGAGAAACCCAGCACCAAGUACUCUGUUAAAUGGUAUAAAAACGGGACCGAUGGAGACGAGACGGAGCUGAAAAACGAAACAGGCUCAGUCACAACAACUCUAGAUUUCUCAACGGGCCUGGCUUCUCUCACCUUGACUAAAGCCAGCGUGAGUGAUUCUGGGUUCUACAGAUGUGACUUCGGUAAAAAUGGCCGUGGGAAUGGAACCAGAGUGACGAUCCAGGCACCUGACCAAAGGCCAAUGAGCUCUUACAUUGUUCCUGGAGCUGUGGCUGGGACACUUCUCUUCUUGCUGGUGCUCGGUAUCCUUUUGUGGAGAUGGAGACAGUGCUCCAAAGAACCACUUCAAAGCAGGUCAGAGGCAGAGAUGAAUCAGAUGGAGACGUCUUCUCCUCCACCAGCUGAUGAGGUGACUUACGUUGACUUGAACUUCCACAAAAGAGACGCAAAAGCAGAGGAAGAGGUUGUUUACACGGAAGUGAAGAUACGGCCAAAACAGAGAGAUGACAAUGACAUCUAUGCAAAAGUCAACCCUCGUCAUCGCUAGGGGAAGAGCUAGUGGGAAUUAACAGAGGGGUAACCAGCAUUUCACAUGUCCAUUAAAUGCAAAUCUCCAUGGAGCAACGAAUUAGCUCUUAGUAAAAUAUGUCCUUGGAGAUCAAAGUCCACUAGUUAUGAAUAGAGCAGGUAGCAGUGCAAGAUUCCCUCGUUUCCUGCUCCACCAACAUGCCUCAACUCUGAUCUGGAGAGACCAAUUCUGUGGCCAGACGGAGAGUCCUGCUAACCCAUCUACUCUUGGUCUAUGAGCUGCGAUUGCAGCCAGGAAACGGGUUGUGCAGUGGACAGUUUUUCACUAGGAACUGAGUCGAGACCAGAAAUUCAUUUAACAAACUCACCAGCCAUCAGAUUGUAGCAAGUUUUAGUUGCUAUUUACCAGCUCUGUAUUUGAACAAGUGACCGAGAGCCAAGCCCUUGAGCCACCCAAGUAUGGAAAAUGUUGCCAUCUUGUUGUGGGAAGCGCUGUCCUCCACUGAAGAUGCCAACUGUGCUGAAUGAGGAAGGAAAAGCCUCCGAAGAGCCAUGCUCCCUACACUGGAGGAUGUACAAUAAUGCUGAUAAGGCUCAAGAGCAAUGUCCCAUACGUUCAUGAAUGACACUGACAUGAUUGUUGAAUCUUUCUAAGCACAAAGCAGCUUCUCUGUUGGGAGUGAAUUCAGCUUCCCUGGAUUCCACCCACUUAAGAGCCAAACAACAACAAUAUGAAUUGCUUCGCCAGCAGAUUUUAAAUAUUAACUAAAGCUUUUACAGCAAGUUUAGGCCAGGAUUAAGUGUGUGCAAUUGCACUGAUUGAAAUGGAGUUGUACCUACUUACACCAGGAAUGGAUUUGUCCCCGUGUGUCUGUGUGGCUUUACUGUAAAUUUAAAAAGGAAAUGUGUAAUUUAAAAAAAAAAACAUGCCAUCAUUUCUAGUGGUUUAAAUAGAUUGUGCUUUUGAAAAUAUCCCCAAUAAUUUUCGAUAAACCCCCAGAAAAAAUAACCCAAAGGGGCUGUUGUGCUCCCAAAAAUGGAGAGACCCCCAAAAAAUCAACAGGAAUGCCUUUGAAAGUCUCCCCAUAAUGCAUUGAUUUUUAUGACUACUGCAGAUGCAUGAGAUAUAACUUGUGCAGACCACAACUCAUGGAUGCCAUAAGGAGACAACCAGAAGAAACAGCACAGCAACCAUGUGAACACCUGCAAAAUGUUCUGCUUAUUAUUAAUACCUGCAUCAAUUCAUUAUUAACUAAUACAUGGCAUCACCAGUUUUCAAGCCUGAACUCCCAAAAGAAAAGACAGCUAUCGAAUUGCAUUGUGAUUGCACCAGGACUGGGUUUGGUCCCCUUAUGUGGGGUAGGUCUUUAGCCCCAUCAGUUUCAUUAAUGCAAACGAUGGGUUAUUCAGUGGUAACAGUUGUUCAUUGGAUAUGUGGCCUCUGCAGAUCCACCCAGGGCAAAUCUGCAGAGGCAGUCCUUCCAGAAGAAGAAUUAGGUGACUAAAUACCCACCAUGAACACCACAUAUGCUGGGUGGAGACCAAAUUCAAGCCUGGCUGAAGUCAUUAAGGUUUUCACCCAUUUACACCAAGACUCUACAUGUGUCUUACAAUAUAGAUAAGAAUGGCCAGGCUGGGUCCGAUCAAUGGUUCAUCUCGCCCAGUAUCCUUUCUUUGACCAGUGCCAGAUGCUUCAGAGGGAAUGAACAGUACAGGGCAAUUUCAAGUGAUCUAUCCCCUGUUGUCUAGUCCCCCCUUAUGACAGUUGGAGGUUGAGAGACACCACACUGAAUGACUCAGCUGUGUACAAAAUACACAGCGGUUGCCCUAAACUCUACAGCUUGCAGCAGAAUUACUGCUAGUGGUUUAGGCCAUUACUAUACAAUACUGCAUUGUAAGGGGCUCGACUCACCGCCUGUAGCGCCUCCUGCUGGUCGUCCUCAGGGAAUUAGCUCUCCCAGCAUCCAGAGCGCCCUCUGCAGGCCGGUGAUCCACCUUACUGCUGGCCCCAUGUCCCUCCCAAGACCCCUGUGCCCCGUUUACCUGGGGUGCUGCCCCUCUGGCAGUAACCCCUCACAGUCUCAGGGUCUCCCCCUCCCAGGGGAACCCCCACCCCCUAUCCCCACUUUGUCUCAGUGUUUGGCUACUGCCAGUCCCCAUCUAGCCCCCCGCUCACUGGAGCAGACUGCAGUGUAAGCCACUCAUCAUAGGCAAAGGGGGUUCAGACCUGCUGCCUCUGCCUACCCAUGGGCUGCCCCCUGCAACCCAAUACCUAAUGGGCCUUACCAGGCCUGCAGCCUGGGACUUUCCUAGGCCAGAGCUCCCCGGCUCCCUAGGCCUUUCCCCAGCCCUGCUCCAAUCUAGGUUUCCUUCUUAGCACCUUGCAACCAGGCCCUUCUCCCUCUACAGGCAGAGGAGACUGCCUGGGUCUCUGACUCACAGCCUUUUAUAGGGGCCAGCUGGGCCUGAUUGGGGCAUGGCCCCGGCUUAGCCUACUUUCCCCCAAUCAGCCCAGGCUUCUUGCCCCAGCCACAGCCCUCUCCUGGGCUGUCUCUAGCCCCGCAGGGCAGGAGCGGGGAACCACUGCGCUACAUAUACGUCUUACCGAACCAAAUACUUCCACUUAAGGGCUUCUUAAAAUGCCUCAAAUUCCACAAGAUUAGAAAUAGCCAACUUUGGUUAUUGACAAGACAGUGCAUUAUUAUUAUUUUUGCCAUUAGCAAAAGCCAGAUCCUCCCCAGUGAAAAUGACUGCUGCUUGCUGUGGGAAAGUGAAGUUUAUGAGUCACCGUGAAAAGGGGAAGUAAAGUCAAAGGCUAAAUUCUUGCGGCUGCUGUGCCAGGGGCUUUUUAUGUGUAACGGAACCAGAGUCGGUAUCAGCCUUUCUGAAGAGGGAGAGUUUGGCGGGAAAUCAGCAGCUCAUCAAUGUGGAUAAA